AUGUCUAUCGAUGGGUUGCCAUGCAGAUGCCUUCUUUCCAUGAGCGAUGUGCACAACUUCAUCCAGUCCUGUAUGAUCGCGGUGGGGACAAAGCCAAACCACGCCAAGGACCUGGCAGAUGUGCUGGUGGACGGUGACAACAAAGGUCACCUCAGCCACGGACUGAACAGACUAGACAUGUACGUGAACGAUAUCAAGUCAGGGAUAUGUGCCAAAGAGGGAGAGCCGGUCAUCUCAAAGUCAACAGUGGCCACGACCCUGGUGGAUGGCAAGAACCUGCUGGGGCCGGUGGUGGGCAACUUCUGCAUGAAGCUGGCCAUCUCGAAAGCCAAGGAUGUGGGCAUAGGCUGGGUGGUUGCCCACGGCUCCAACCAUUUCGGGGUGGCCAGCUAUUACUCUAUGCAGGCUCUGAACCACAAAUUCAUCGGGAUGAGUUACACAAACACCUCUCCGUUGGUCGUGGCAACCAGGGCAAAAGAGUGUACUCUCGGGACCAAUCCUAUCAGUGUUGCUGCCCCGGCCAAGGACAAGAACAACUUUGUUCUGGAUAUGGCAACAUCAGCCGUUGCUUUGGGAAAGGUGGAGCUCCAGCACAGACGAGGGGAAAAGAUGCCCUUGGGCUGGGGGAGCAAUGCUGAAGGGAAAGCAAGCAAUGAUCCCGCCGAGAUCCUGAAUGGUGGGGGGCUCCUACCCAUCGGGGGGCUGGAGACUACAGGUGGUUAUAAAGGCUAUGGGCUGGCAAUGAUGGUCGAGGUCUUUUGUGGCAUCCUGUCGGGAUCACAUUACAGCAAACACAUCCGAGCUUGGAAGUCCCAGACCGGUCAAAUUGCGGACCUGGGGCAGUGUUUUGUAGCCAUAGAUCCGGGGUGCUUUGCCUCAGGGUUCGAGGAGAGAAUGGCCGAUUUGCUCAACAUUCAUAGAAACCUGGAGCCGUCUGUACCAGGGCAGGCCGUGUUGACUGCUGGAGACCCAGAAAGAGAACACAUGGCAAAGUGUUCAAAGUACGGAGGAAUCCCCUAUCCCAUUAAUGUCAUAAACUUCAUGAACUCCAUGGCGAAGGAGCUCGGGGUAACCCUGCUUCGCACCGAUCGCACCGUCAAGCCUUAAGACCUCGUCCCCGUGAGAGCCUGACGUCCAUUUGUUUUUGCAACAGGGAAACGGCAAGAUGUUACAGACUCACAUUUUCAUACAACAUUAAAAAAAAAUCAAUCAAUCUGUUCAGGUCAUUAAACUUCUGUGUUUUCACAGAUCUCAGGAUGAACAGUUCGAAUGUUUCAAACUCCACUCAGGGAUCAUUGCUGCACUUUUUGCUACUAGAGUGUGUUAUGUUUGUAGAUUUAACACGUAUAGAUUAUAGCUCUUUCAAGGUGUGUGUUAAGGUAGCCACGUUAGUUAUAUUCUGGGAUAAGGCGCAGCGGAGAGUAAAAUGUUUCUAAAACAUUGAAUACAAGCUUUUGCUCAGAA